UAUUCUUAGUGUUCAUUUUUUAGCAGAAUUUCGCACAUGAACGUUGACUGACGAUCUCCCUAGUUCCCUAUAUCUCUAACAGAAAGAAAAAUUUCCUCUGUUUUUAAUAUUCUCUAAUCUCUGGUGACUAGUGCGGUAAUAAUACACAGGCACGAAAUCGCCUAAACAAACCCAAGUAAUCGCUAAAAUACGUAAUAAGAGAAUUGUAUUAUGAUACCUUAGUACAAUCUUAUAUCAUAUUAGGUAUACUUAAAUAAGACAAGAAUAUAAAAUUGAAAAUUUCCAUAUUAUUUGGUUAAAUAUUGUAUAUUUUAAAUACUAUUCUCAAACAGUUAUUCGCAUGUAUGCUAAAUUGUCCAAACUGUCGUCGAUUUAAAAGGCACUAUAAAACGUAAACAAAGUUGAAAAUUUCUAAAUGUAUUGGCUUGUGACGUAUGAUACAAAAAGAUUCAUACAAUAAUUCGUAUUUCGUAUACGUUAAAAGAAUUUUGCUAAUUCUGUGAUAUGGCAAAACAUCAUCCAGAUUUAAUUUUUUGUAGAAAACAACCGGGAGUUGCAAUAGGGAGGUUAUGCGAGAAAUGUGACGGUAAAUGUGUAAUUUGUGAUUCUUAUGUAAGACCUUGUACUUUGGUUCGGAUUUGUGAUGAAUGCAAUUAUGGAUCUUAUCAAGGCAGAUGUGUUAUCUGUGGUGGACCUGGUGUGUCUGAUGCCUAUUAUUGCAAAGAAUGUACAAUCCAAGAGAAAGAUCGUGAUGGUUGUCCAAAGAUUGUAAAUCUUGGGAGUUCAAAGACUGAUCUAUUUUAUGAAAGGAAAAAAUAUGGGUUCAAAAGAAGAUAAGUACUGGUACCAACAAUUUUUGAUGUGUACAAAAUGUUUCUAAUGUUGCAAAUAAACAACUUUUUUUAUAAAAUUGUAAUAAUAUCUAUUUUUUAAGUUAAAAACAUAAUUUCAAAUUCGCGAUCAUACAAUCUCUUUGUUACAAAAUGUGUGUAUGAAUUAACGUUUUUGUAAGUUGUAAAGAAAUUUAAAAUGGAGAAAUAAAUUGUAAUCGUGCGUAGAGAAGCGUUGUACUUCUUCUACAUAAAUAUUAUCUUGCAUAAAAUAAUACCGUGUUUUGAAAAAUGAAUACCAACACUCUACGACAAUUUCGAAAAUCUUUAUUUUAAUUGUAUAUUUAGUCCAUAAUUUAAUUAAUAAAAUUAGAUUUGUAAUAGAAUUGCCACUCCACCAAGAAUCCACUUACUAGCUCUCUCCUUAGUUCUUAAAUUGAACGUCCACACAUAAGUAGGACCUCGCGAUCGUGUUUUAUACACAGGACAUUCAUAUAUACACAGAACAUUCAUAUAUACACAGGACAUAUUCUUUAAAUCUUGUUUGUCCUGUGUAAUCGCCCUAAUAUACAUUAUUGGUAAUAAUGAAAACAAUUCUUUAAAUCGAGAGUCCAUGCUGUUUGAACAUCCCAUCGUGCACCUUCCAUGUACAAUCCGUCUAUAUAUGCGCCUUGUCUUGGUGCUGAUUUGUAAAGUUUAAGUGAAAAAUCUAUUAUUACUCUGGAAUAAAAUUUACACAAAUUGUAACUGAAUUUUGUUAAAGAUGGAAACUAGUGAGUUCAUUUAAAAAAAUGUACUUGAAAUAAAAUAUUAAAAAUAUUUAAAAAUACA